AUUUCAACAAGCUUUGUAGUCUGGCUUGCUCCCUAUCUCCCUCAACACCAUGGCCCCACAGCGAUCACACAGACCCAAGGGGGGUUUUGAGUUGUGUAUCCAUACCUGUGUGGAAGGUGGCUGCGUCAGUAGGGAGACCAGUUGUGUACUAUGGCAUAGGGAAGGAGGCGCAUGUCCAAGACAUGUCAGGUCGGAUCGCCUUCAUCCAAACUGUAAUGAGACAUGCCACGGGUACAAAUUUCUGAAGGGAAAGAGUGGACGGGGUACGCUUCCUCCCAAGCAGGAGGAUCUUGCAAGAUGCGCUCCACAGAACCUUCAGCGACAGUUUGCGAAGGGCAAAGCCCCUGCUCAUGAGCCAAAUAAAUCCAGGGGGAAGACAUCUGGGAUGAAAUCAAACCCAUCAUACCCAUCAUCCCUUUUCCCUGCCCCCGCCCCCGCCUCCGCCCCUGCGUUUGUCUCUGCCCCCAUCCCCACCCCAAUAGAGUCCGAGGGUGGCAAUGGUCACUCUCACUCUACAGGUGAGCGGGGCCCAGUCCGCAGCUCUGUCUUGGAAUUGUUGUCAUCUGCAAAACCCAAUCUUGAAGCCUUUCAUCCACACUUUGUCAAGAUGGGUAUUACUGAUGGGAAUGCACUACGAGACUUGUUAUCCUGGCCUGUGCAUGUCCAGGAGAGGAUGCUGAGGGUUGAGUUGGGAGGUGCCAUGAGUGUCUUGCAACUGUAUGGCCUUAUAGCUGCGAUGCACCAGUGGAAGGAGUCGCACUAAAGGGUUACAUUGAAAAGCAGCAUUCCUGGACGACGGCAUGAUAAAUGGGACCAUGUAGAAAUACGAGUCACCUACGUACCCUACUACGUACACCUGUUCUGUGCAUAUUUACAUGCCAGGUGAGUUAAAACUCGCAUCUUUUUUUGGAAGGAGGAUGUGCUAGUCUGUUGGUCUGUAUGACGGGACCUGGUGUUGCUGUGUAACGCGUCAUAGCUGAUUUCCACUGAUAACGCUUCGGACGUAUCGGACCAUCAUUGACCCAUCAUUUUUCUUUCACUCUCGUUCUUUAGUUUUCCCGUCUUAGCUACCUGUUCGUCCCUCACAGUAUAGAAGGUCGUAGUUAUUCAUGUCUUUUUUUCAGUCUCCCUCGAACAGAGUUUCUUUCGGCCCGUUCUCCCUGAACUCCGUAAGACCAACCUCCUA